UCGGUUAGUCGUCGCCUUCCGAGGUGUGCCCUGGGUUUGCCUCGCGGUCGCUGCCGCCCCGUCCCUGCAUCCCCGCCCCAGUCUUGGCCCCAGCCCAGCGCUCUCCCUGCCCUCCUCCCCUUGACCACCCCCCGGUUUCUGCCGUCGGGGCCCGGGGCCGGGCGAAUGAUGCCGUCGGAGAGCGGAGCUGAGCGCCUGGAGGGGGCGGCUGCGCAGGUGGGGACGGCCGCGGCUUCGGCAGUGGCCACGGCUGCCCCGGCAGGCGGCGGCCCCGACCCGGAGGCCUCAUCAACCUCCCCCAGGCACCUGAGCAGGCUGACCUGGCCACAGGUGAAGCGGCUGGACGCGCUCCUGAGCGAGCCGAUUCCCAUUCACGGGCGCGGCAACUUCCCCACGCUGAGCGUGCAGCCCCGGCAGAUCGUGCAGGUGGUCCGCAGCAGCCUAGAGGAACAAGGACUUCACGUGCACAGUGUGAGGCUGCACGGCUCAGCCGCCAGCCACGUGCUACAUCCUGAAAGUGGCCUGGGCUACAAGGACCUGGACCUGGUGUUCAGGGUGGACCUGCGCAGCGAGGCCUCCUUCCAGCUGACCAAGGCAGUGGUGCUGGCCUGCCUGUUGGACUUCCUGCCGGCCGGCGUGAGCCGCGCCAAAAUCACACCACUGACACUCAAGGAAGCGUAUGUGCAGAAGCUGGUGAAAGUGUGCACAGACACAGACCGCUGGAGCCUUAUCUCGCUGUCCAACAAGAGUGGCAAGAACGUGGAGCUCAAGUUCGUGGACUCUGUGAGGCGACAGUUUGAGUUCAGUGUUGACUCCUUCCAGAUCGUCCUAGACUCCCUCCUGCUCUUUGGCCAGUGCUCAUCCACACCCAUGUCUGAGGCCUUCCACCCCACGGUGACAGGUGAGAGUCUGUAUGGGGACUUUGCAGAGGCCCUGGAGCACCUGCGGCAUCGUGUCAUUGCCACACGCAGCCCGGAGGAGAUCCGUGGCGGCGGCCUCCUCAAGUACUGUCACCUCCUGGUGCGUGGUUUCCGGCCACGGCCCAGCACUGAUGUGCGUGCCCUACAACGGUACAUGUGCUCCCGCUUCUUCAUCGACUUUCCCGACCUGGCAGAGCAGCAGCGCACUCUGGAGCGCUACCUGGAGGCUCACUUUGGCGGGGCCGAUGCAGUCCGCCGCUACGCCUGCUUGGUGACCCUGCACCAGGUGGUCAACGAGAGCACCGUGUGCCUCAUGAACCAUGAGCGCCGCCAGACACUGGACCUCAUUGCCACACUGGCACUCAAGGCACUGGCUGAGCAGGGCCCAGCUGCCGCUGCCGCUCUGGCCUGGCGCCCUCCAGGCCCUGAUGGGAUUGUGCCAGCCACUGUCAAUUACUACGUGACCCCUGUGCAGCCUCUGCUGGCUCGAGCCCACUCCUAUCCCACCUGGCUGCCUUGUAACUGACUAUAACCCUGACCAGAAGGGACUGGGCCUCAUGGGCUGGGGUGGGGUCACCAGUAAUAUGUAGAGGAAAUGACCAGAGACAGGCAGGCUGUGCCAACCGGCCCAGCACUGCUGCAGGGCUGGGCCUUCAAUUGGACACACCAGACUUCCCUGAAGGAGGCCUCCGUGGGCUUCAGGCCACACCAGGUUCUUAGCAGGAGGUUACUGCACCACACUUUGGGACCAGCAUGAUUGUGGGGUGCAGGAGCUACUUGUCUUGAGGGUCAAUUGCCUUAAAGCAAGUGUAGGUGGUAGCCUCAAUGCUCAGCACCCUGGGUUUAUUUCCAUGGUCUAGAAAGGAUCUUUUUGACUAGGGCCAGCCAGCCCACAGACUGGUGUGUGAUGGGGGUGACUCACUUUGGAUCAGGCUGGACCACUAGAGUCUGGGUGGUACAACCUGGCUAAUCACUAGGGGGAGGGAAACUGAGGCAUAAGGCAGAUACCUGGGUUUGGGGAGGGAGGGUUUGGCCCAACCUCCUGAAACCCAUACCCCAAGCUGUGAAGCCUUCCUCUUGAGGGGUGGGGUGUAUAGUGGGCCAGAAGUGAGCAGCCAGAGGAUGUAGCCCAGGCCCCUCCCAGUGUAUCCUCCCUUCCCUUAUGUGGUGAGAAACCCUGCUUGCCUGGGAGCAUGUCCUUUGGAGCAUGCUGGGCCAAAGUUUUCACAGUCGAGUCCCCUGGCUUGGUUAGAGGACUCUUACCUGGUGGGGGAGCCCUAUCCUCACCUCCUUUUCCACUCCUCUGGAUUAGUUGCUAUUUUGCACUCUUACCACCUGCCAAUAAAAAUUGUCUACACCGAGCCUUGGGAGAAGGAUCCUCCCAGUCUGAGUCUGGCUUCUCUCCCAGGAGGGGAGGUGGGGCCGAGUCUGGGUGGGGCAGCAGGAUGACCCCGCCCUCCCUUCUGCACCAGCCCCAGCCUGACAGCUGUCUACCAAAAGCUUGUGUCUCCCUCGUGUCCUGCACCUGCAUGUUGCUGCAGUGAGUCUAGGAUUCUCUCACUAAAGAUGAAAUGUUUCAAUUGCCCCAGGUUUCCUACCUGGGGUUCUAGGAGCCCCAGACCUGGCCUCAUACUUCAGUGCCCAGGCUGCUUAAUUCCAGCUCUGCCCAGAGCAGGUGGGGAAUGAAGGAUGCUCCAGUAAUGGCAGCUGAGGCUGGGAAACUAUUCUAGAGUCCCCUAGAGCCCAGGUAGGGCCCACCAUCUGGGAGAGGCUCCCUCAAUCCCCCAGCUUCCUCUCCAACUCCAUAUGCUCUGAACAACAUGUCCCCUGGAUGGGCAGGGUCUCUCCUUUCUGAACCCAGCUGGGGCCAAGCCAGGUUGUCUGGGGGAGCUGUUCCCUCAGGGCAUCAGCCACUCACCCCUGGACGCUGCCCACUGUUUACCUCGUCUCUUUGAUCCAGGGAUUGCAAAGCCCUUAACAUAUUUAGCCUCAUUAGGAGCCUCUGAAGUGGUGACUUUGAUGGUUCCAGCCAGGGUGGGGAAAACAAGGUCACAGAGGAGGCCUUGGGUCAUCAAGGUGAGUUCAGCCACCUCACCUGCUCUGUGGGUUCCUGCUGGGUGCCCUAGCCCCUUCUGCUGGGCUCUAAGAGGCUGGCAGGCAAUCAGAAAGGCUUUCCUGGCUUGAUGACUGCAGUUCCCCAUGCCCAUCCCAGCCAAGCUCAUCCAGCUAAGAUCCUGGGAGGGACGAAGUUUGUCCCACCUCCCAAUUUGACCAUUUGAGGUUAGGCAUGAAGGGGACGCAGUGUAAACAGCAGGUUCAGCUUUUGGGAGUGGGGUUCACCUGGAGGUAUGUGUUUUAGGAAGUGAGAAAAUCAGAACCCACAUGGCACAUGUGUGUACGCACUGCAUCCAGCCUGCAUGUGCCAGUUGCUGUUCCCAGCGUUGGGAAUACAUCAGACGAGACAGACACCCCCGCCUUUGUGGAAAUACAGUCUAGUGAGGUAGACAAAUCCUAUGGUCUUAGGAGGUCAGGGGUGCAUACAAAUAUAUAUAGCAAAGUAAGGGAUCGGAAGUGCUGGGGUUUGCAAAUUCUAGAACACCAAGGUGCACCUCAUUGAAAAAAAUGACAUUGGUUGGAGCAAAGCCAUGAGGCUGCCUGGGGGAGUGUUCCAGGCAGAGGGAACUUGUGGGUGCACACGUGCCUGCGCAGGCGCGUCUAAAGGAGGCAUAUGAGCCUGAGGGUAUCUGGCUGGCCCCAGGCAGCAGGUGUGCUCACUGGUGCCCAUGUGCCUGCAUGCACAGGCUUAGGGAGCCAGGGUGUGUGAGACAGGAGUCCACAGGAACAGCUGCCACCUGGCCUGCACUUCACUCCAGGCCAGGCACCAGGCCAGGCACCAGGCCAGGCACUAGACUUGGACCUUCCCGAUCAUUCUCAUUCAUCCUUGUAACAACUCCACAAGAGAAGAGCCAGUAUUUCUACUUUACAGAUGAGAAAACUGAGGUCAACCAGGUCUGUCUGACUCCUGUUCCUACACUGUGAUUUCAUGCGGAUGAUCAUGACAGUGUCUCCUGUACAUAUAUGUGACGGCGUGUUUGACAUUACUGUGACAUUUGUCAUUUUCUUAAGUAUGACUGGCAUAGUAGUGUGCCAAGAUGUACAUUUUCUUGAUGUGCAUGUGACACCAACCAUGGAUUGCGGUGACUGUCCUGGACCCACCGUGGCAACAGCAUGCCUGUGGGUGUGUUUGGGAGUGGUGCAGCGUUUCCGGGUUUGAGAAAAACACUGACUCACUGGCUGAAUUAUUUCUUUGUGGACAAUUCCUACAGCCACCUAAGAUGUCAGGACAGGUGGGAGUCAGGAACUGGGAGUCAAAGCCAGUGAGGAGUUGAGGAAGGCCUGUCCCACCGCCUUCCAACCUCUCUGGAGCAACGACCCACCCAGGCUUUCCAGAGGGAAGAAACAGUGCUUUGGUUUGGGGGAGGCUGAUAAGUUGGCCCCUCCAGAUCCACCCUCCACCCUCUCAGGCCUAUGCCCUGGGGAGGCUGCCAUCUACCAAGGCAUCAGUGGCUCCCUUGUUCCCUGGCUUCCUGAUGCUUGACAGUGAGAGGCCCUGAGGAGACAGGAAGGAGGAAAAGCUUAUUCUUCCGGCUCCCUCCCCACCAGGCUGUCAUGUUGCUGCAGCAGCCCUCUCUUCCACAGUUGCCGCCCCUGCCCCUUCAGGUCCAGGCGCCUGAAGUCUUCCCACUGUGGAGUUCCAAGAGAUACACCACCCCUGGCUAAUUUCUUUUCCUUCACUGUUUAUUUCCUAUGCUGAGGAUCGAACUCAGGGCCUCGUGCGUGCUAGGCAAGGACUCUACCACGGAGCUACAGUUAGUUUAUUUGUUAGUUUCUUAACUAAUAAGCCCAGCCCCCACUGGUGGAAAAAGUCCCUUGUUAAAACUUCCAAGUUUGUGCCUUGUCUCUUCCAGGGACCCUGCCAGACAAGCAGGUCUAGUCAGUCACUAACCCCCACAGGCUGUCACGCUGCCAUGUUUUUACAAAUGGGCACGACCUCCCCGCCAUCACACAAUCUCACGUGUUCCCGUCCCCGAGUUUCCGCAUCUGAUCUUUGAGGAGACUUCUUGGGGAGGGUCAACUGUGAGCCAGGUCAAGGGAGGUAUCAGACUCUGCAAACCAGUUGACAGGCACAGACUGCCAAACUAAACAGAAGCUGCUCAAGGGACUGUCAACUGAAAGAGUGGUGACACACACAAAGGAAAGGCAGCAAGGACACUUGCAAAGUGGACCUCAAAACCACAUGCCUUGGCCUCAGAUUAUUGAAAUUUAUUCUUCCUGAAUGUAUCUGUCAGGGGACUGAUUCCAUAUACAUUUGCUUUGCAGAAGUUAACAAGUUCUGGGUUGUGUGUGAAUAUAUGCGCCCCUUCCCUCUUUAGUAGGAUACUUGAAUAAAUGUAUUUUCUUGUAUUUAAAACAUUGCUUUGGGAGUUUCAUGUUGCCACUACCUCUUCCAGAGAAGGGGUGUGUCCCUUGGAGGCAGCAGUUGAUUGUCUUAAGGGGCCCCAGGCACACCCUCAUAUGGGGAGAACAAGGACAGUGGGCAGGGAAACAGGCAUUUCUCAGACCAGUGUUUUCCCUCAAACAGGCCUCCUAGUGCCAUCAGACUCGGAAGCAACUGACAUCUUCCAGAUGGGGACUCCAGCUGUGCUGUGAUGACUCUACCUUUAAGAGAAGUCCAUUUCAUUGUUUCAUUGAAAAUGUUUGCUAAACUCUCAAACAGUCUGAUUGCAUCUCAGGGCCCUGUGGUAACAUCAUCAAUCAUACAGUAAGCAGAGUCAAAUGUGGUGCAUGUAGAGAAAUUCAUAUUCUGGACAAUUCCCCAGAACCCAGCCCCUUGCCAUGGUGAAGCGACAGCUCCAGACAGAGGGGCGUCGGGGUCAGGUAUGGCCAAUUUUCAAAGUCGUCCGGAAGGUGUCCAGGGAAGGAGCAGAAUCCAGGAGUUCAGAUCCACAGAGUGGAGCUCUAAGG